AUGAACGUUGUUCCUCUUGACGACCCAGCAUCGUCGGAUCUUUUGACGACUGAGUCAAAUCCGUUCGAUCGGCUUCCACAAGAGAUCCUCGCCGUCAUCUUGCGCCACGUGGCGCCAUCCGGCACGUCCUUUCAGCACGCGUUGGUGUGCAAGCGAUGGCAUUGCGCGGCGUGCCUCGCGCAGUCAUCAGUCCACGUGGCGAAAUCUCGAGCCAUCUCCUCCCCGCGCCUCCUCCUCGCCCUCUCCCGCUUUCCCCGCCUCACCCACCUACAUAUCGAUCGAGACGGAGUCGAUUUCUUAGACGACGGGUUCCUGACAAUUCUCGCUAAAGGUGCUUGUAACGGGUGUGACAAUUACGCGGACGAGGAGAAGGAAACGGAAUUGGAGGAGGAGGAAAGUCACGAAGAAGGAUCGGGAGCCAUUGGCGCCGGGCAGAGAUUAGGUCUGAACGGCACUGGCAGUACUAGGGUCAGCGGCAAUGGUGGUAUAGUGGACGGCACCCGCGGUGGACUGGGCGGCACUGGUGAUACAGUGGGCGGCGGCGAUCAUAAGCCACAUGGCAUCCGACACUCCUGUGGCAUUGGCUCGUCACUGGAGAGAAUGGCGAGAAUGACCAUCGACGGCACCCGCGCAGCAGAACAACAUGCUCUCGCGUCCCCGCUCCCACCGCCGCAUACCCAGCCUCGCACCUCCCCUCUCCGCUCUCUCUUCCUCGCGGAGGACCCGCGCUCCCCCCCGCGCAUCACAGCAGCAGGCCUGGACUCUCUCUUUCUCCACUGCCGCCUCUUACGCUCCCUCGCCCUGCACUGCGGCCGUGUAGUCACCACACUUCCCCCCUCUUUAGUCACACUGCCUGCACUCACAUCCCUAGAUAUUUCCAUGCCCUGCCUGGGCACUGAGCAGUCUACGGGUGCUGGAGUUGGGUCUGUGCAAGAGCCUGAGGAGUUUGCCAGACUCGAUAAUGGAAUUAGGUCGGUUGGAAAGAGUGGUGGUGCUCGGGUGCAGGAGACUGGAGAGUGUGCCGGAAGGGAUUGCAGAGAUGCCGAGCGUGCAAGAGGUGGUCUUUAG